AUGAUAUCACCUGUGUACGGUGCCAUUGGUGCUGGCUGUGAAAUCAGUUUCUGGGUGCACAAGAAAACAUUUGCAUACCUGAGUCUUUACCUAGUUCCUCCAGGACAAAAUCCAUAUAAUGGUGAGCGUAUUCAAGUGUGGCAAGUUUCAGCAUCUCUGGGCAGUAACUGGACCAGUGCUACAGCUGGUUUAGGGGCACAUCCCCCUGGUUACAGGCUUGUUUUUGAAGGUAUUUUACGUUCAGUUGAUGGUGACAUUGCUCUUGAUGACAUUUCGUUCAGUCCCAGCUGUGCUCUUGGCUCAAAUAUGCUUUUUUGUGCAUCAAAUCAGUUCCAGUGUGAUAACCACAUCUGUGUAGAUAAGACAAAAGUUUGUGAUUUCACUAAUGACUGUGGAGACAAUUCAGAUGAAAAGAAUUGCUCCAGCUAUGUUGAGCGUUGCAACUUUGAGGUGGAUUUGUGCAAUUGGAUUCAGGAUCAGACAGAUGUAUUUGACUGGACCAGAAAAUCAGGGUCUACCACCACAGCAGGCACUGGCCCUGACAGAGAUCACACAUUAGGUACUGAGACUGGAACAUACUUGUACUUAGAGAGUUCUAACAGAAAACUUAAUGACACUGCCAGGUUAAAAAGCCUGAUUUUCCAGCCAGCAUCAGAAGGUCAGUGCUACAUGCGAUUUUUUCAUCACAUGCUUGGAAAGGACAUUAAUGCUCUUAACAUCUACAUAGAAGGAGCAGAACAAGGCUCGAGAGCACUGCUGCUGUCUAUUCAUGGUCAGCAGGGUGAUGAGUGGCGCAAGACCAUCCUCAGCAUUGUUAGUGCAUAUAACUUUAGGAUUGUGAUUGAAGGGACAACAGGGGCCAGUGACCUUGGUGACAUAGGCUUGGAUGAUAUCUCUUUCACACCAGGCUGUCGUCUGGCAGUAGGGGCAAGUCUACCACCGGUGCUCCCAACAAGCAUCAAUCAGUGUCCUACAGGAACAUUUUUUUGUGGACUAAACCCACCAUGUCGCUUGGAUGUUUACCUGUGUAACUUUUACUCUGACUGUGUAGAAGGACGAGACGAAGCUCAGUGUCCAUCAGUUUGUGAUUUUGAAAAUGGUGAUUAUCAAUUUGUCCCUAUGUGUGGGUGGACCAAUCAAGCAGAAGGCAAUGCAGCAGACUGGAUUUUAAGGACUCCUAUUUCCUCAGGUUAUCCUGCAGUGGAUCACAAUCCAGGGACAUCUUCUGGACAUUUUGUUGGAGUUAUAUUCCCUGUCACCCAGUCUGUGCAUGCUAAUUCAUGGCUGGUGUCUCAGAUUUAUAGAAAUUCAGGUCCUUCCUGCAGGUUUAAUUUCUGGUACAUGCACAGUGGCAGUACCAUCCUUAAUCUUUAUCUUUUUGUCAGGUCUGGUGGUGCAGACCAGCAAAUCUGGGCACUGCCUGCCACUAGGCCUACACCACAUGUUUGGCACAAUGCUACUGCCUUGAUACCCUCUUGUGUAUCAGAAUUUCAGCUUGUGUUUGAGCUGCAGGACUGA